AUGGCUGACGUAGAAGAGCGCAAACCGACUGAAAACGUCGAAGAAGAGCAGGACGAGCAGGUUCAUCUCAGUGAAGGAGACAUUGAGACGAACUGGGAUGAAGUGAUUGAAACGUUUGAUGGCAUGGAACUGCGUGAGGAUCUUCUUCGUGGUAUCUACGCUUAUGGGUUUGAAAAACCAUCAGCUAUUCAACAACGUGCUGUAAAGCCCAUUUUACUCGGCCAUGAUUGCAUUGCGCAGGCUCAAUCUGGUACCGGUAAGACAGCUACAUUUGCCGUGUCGAUUUUGCAAAAAAUCGACAUUGGUCUCAAGGAAACGCAAGCACUGAUCCUUGCGCCUACACGUGAGCUGGCUCAGCAGAUUGUCAAGGUCGUGAUUGCUAUUGGUGACUAUAUGAGUGUCCAGGUGCACGCCUGUGUCGGUGGUACCGCCGUACGCGACGAUAUCCGUACUUUGCAGCAGGGUGUGCACAUUGUGGUGGGCACUCCUGGCCGUGUAGGCGACAUGAUCAAUCGUCGUGCUCUGCGCACGGAUGAGGUCAAGAUGUUUGUCUUGGAUGAAGCCGAUGAGAUGCUGUCCCGCGGUUUUAAGGACCAGAUCUACGAAGUCUUCCGGUUUUUGCCUGAGAAGGUGCAAGUUGCUCUAUUUUCGGCUACGAUGCCUAUGGACGUGCUUGAGGUGACCCACCGCUUCAUGCGCGAACCCAUCCGCAUCCUUGUGAAGCGCGAUGAAUUGACUCUUGAAGGUAUCAAGCAAUUCUUCAUUGCCAUUGACCGCGAGGAGUGGAAGUUCGACACGUUGUGCGAUCUGUACGAAACGUUGACCAUUACACAGGCCAUCAUUUACUGCAACACGCGCCGAAAAGUGGAUUGGUUGACUGAGAAGAUGCAGUCGAAGGACUUUACGGUGUCGGCCAUGCACGGUGACAUGGAACAGCGUGAGCGUGACAUUAUUAUGCGUGAGUUCCGUUCGGGUUCUUCGCGUGUGUUGAUUACCACGGACUUGCUUGCCCGUGGUAUCGAUGUGCAGCAGGUGUCGCUGGUCAUAAAUUACGACCUGCCCACGAACCGUGAAAACUACAUCCAUCGUAUCGGUCGUUCGGGUCGUUUCGGUCGUAAGGGUGUGGCCAUUAACUUUUUGACGCACAACGAUGUGCGAUACCUGCGCGAUAUUGAGCAAUUUUACAACACGCAGAUCGAUGAGAUGCCCAUGAACGUUGCGGAUCUUAUUUAA